AUGAGAGCCUCGCGCAGGGCGGUCGUGAAUUCUACCGAGCUCGCUAACUCGGUCCAGCGCGGCGCCGUGGCCGCGAACAGCGCGCUGCGCAUCGCGGCGGACGAGCUGAACUACCCCGGGCUGCCGGCGGAAACGCUGCCGGCGCCGGCGCCCCGUAGGCCGAGGGCGCCGCGGCCACACGACCUGGCACCAUCUGGGCUCGACUUUCUGUUCUCCUCGUCGAACGGCAGCGACCCGUACCGGCUCCCCACGGAGGGCACGUACCGCCGCACUGCAGGCGACAUUUUGCUCGGCCGUGAGGUGCACAACCCCUUCGGGACACCGCCGAUGCCAAAGCCGCAGGUGUACGGCGCCAGCGCGCCUGGCGGCGCAGCAGCACCUGGCAAGCCCGACGCCGCCGCGGCGAUGGCGGGGGCCACGGCGCUCAAGGGCAUGCUGUGA